AUGGCCGGGGUAAAGAGCUCCAAUUCUGGAGAUUCUCAUACUCCAAAAGCAAAACAACGCCCUCCUCCAUCUCCAUUCUAUCUCCCACUAAACAUUACACUCUACGUAUGCCUCCUUGCCAAUGGCCUCGCGGCAUUCGUGGCCCCAAUUCAAGAUUGCGAUGAAAUAUUCAACUUUUGGGAGCCAGCUCAUUACCUUCAACAUGGAUAUGGGCUUCAAACAUGGGAGUAUUCCCCUGUCUACUCCAUCCGAAGUUGGCUCUACGUGUCUCUCCAUGCCUUUGUUGGAAAGCUGGGCUCGUUAUUUGUCCACUCUAAGACCUCCGAAUUCUACGUGAUCCGAGUAUUCCUGGCCAUUUUCUGUGCUGCAUGCCAGACUAGGUUAUACUCAUCUAUCUGCCGAUCUCUUAAUCCCCGCAUUGGUCUCUUGUUCCUUAUGGUCGUUAUCUUCAGCCCUGGUAUGUUUCAUGCCUCGACUGCCUUCCUGCCGUCCACUUUCACUAUGUACACUUCGAUGCUUGGGCUGGCUGCGUUUUUGGACUUGAAAGGUGGACCAAAAAUCGCUCAGGGUAUCAUGUGGUUUUCUCUUGGUGCGAUUGUUGGCUGGCCAUUCGCAGGGGCUCUGAUCGUGCCUCUUCUGGCUUCGGAGGGCAUUAUUUCAAUUCUUUCUGGCUCUUUUGGCUCGCUUCUCUUCGCUGUUAUCGACGGCGCCAUGAGAUGUCUUGCCAUUGCAGCUCUUGAGGUUGCCGUGGACUAUGCCUUUUUCCGCAAGCUGGUUCUUGUUCCCUGGAAUAUUGUAGCUUACAAUAUCUUUGGAGGCCAAGGCAAGGGACCUGAAAUUUUUGGCGUCGAGCCUUGGGCUUUCUACAUCAGAAACUUGCUGCUCAACUUCAAUGUUUGGUUUGUCCUCGCUAUGCUAGCAGCUCCGCUUUUAGUGCUGCAGGUCAUUUUCAGUUCUCAGUCUUCGGCCGUCCAGAAAUUUAUGCGCUCGAUUACGCUGACUUCCCCAUUCUAUAUGUGGUUUGCAAUCUUCACAAUUCAACCUCACAAGGAGGAGCGAUUCAUGUACCCCGCAUACCCAUUCCUCGCCCUGAACGCCGCUCUCUCAUUCCAUUUGAUUCUUACCUAUCUUGGAUCUAGCAAUCCAAAGGAAUUAAUGGGCCGGAUUCCCACGAAGCUCAAGCUUAUUGUUGCUUCGUCUGUUGUUCUGUUGGCUCUCAAUGCCGGCAUGCUGCGCAUUCUAGGAAUGGUGACAGCGUACAAUGCUCCUUUGAAGGUUUUUGAGCCGUUGCAGCAGGUGGAUGUCGCUCAGACAGGAAACUCGGUCUGCAUCGGUAAAGAGUGGUAUCGAUUCCCCUCAUCGUACUUCCUGCCACAAGAUAUGCGCGCCAAGCUCAUUCGCAGCGAGUUCCGCGGUUUGUUACCGGGCGAGUUUCCGGAGUCUUCGAAUCCUCUCGGUCGCUUGGAGGGUGCGUCGAAGAUUCCAUCUGGUAUGAACGAUCUCAAUUUGGAAGAUCCUAGCAAAUACACUGAUAUUUCCGAAUGCUCUUUCUUGGUCGACUCCUAUUUCCCAGGGCGCGAGGAAACUGAGCUUGAGCCUCACUACAUCCUCCAGGACACUCAGUGGGAGACCCUGUCCUGUGCAAGGUUCCUAGACACGGCUGAGACAGGACUUCUGGGUCGGUUAAUCUGGGUGCCAGACUUGCCAUUUAUUCCUGAUCAAUUCCAGCGCAAGUGGGGCCAAUACUGCCUCCUACAACGCAGGGCUGAGUCCGGCAUUGUAUAA